AUGGCACCUUUCGGAAAGCUCUACACCUAUCCGGGUAACCCCCGCUCCACUGCAAUCCGUGCAGUCGCGAAGGCCAACAAUGUCGACCUCGAGAUCGUCGAGACCGAGCCUGCCAAAGGUGUAUCUGCGGAGUACCUCAAGAUCAACAAGCUUGGAAAGGUCCCUACAUUCGUCGGCGCUGAUGGCUACACUCUUCAUGAAUGCAUUGCCAUCGCCAUCUACAGUACGUGGAAACUGUUCACCCCACUAACUUUCUUGUCGCGCCUCACCUCCCAAAAUGAGAAGACCACUCUCCUUGGCAAGACCAAGCAAGACUACGCUUCGAUCCUGAAGUGGAUGUCUUAUUUCAAUGCUGAGGUUCUUCCCACCCUCGGUGGCUGGUUCCGUCCUCUCAUCGGCCGUGACCCAUACAACAAGAAGAAUGUCGAGGAUGCUUCUAAGGCUGCGCUCAAGGCUGUUGGUGUCGUCGAGGAGCACCUUCUUCACAACACCUACCUUGCUGGCGAACGUAUCACUCUUGCUGAUCUGUUUGCUGCUGGUAUCAUCUCCCGUGGCUUUCAGUUCUUCUUCGACAAGCAAUGGCGUGCCCAGAAUCCCAAUGUUACCCGUUGGUACGAGACUGUAUACAACCAGCCAAUCUACUCUGCCGUUGUCGAUAAGCUCUCGUUCAUUGAUGAAGCUAUCAAGUACACUCCCCCAAAGAAGGAGGCUGCAUCAAAGAAGGAAGCCGCUCCAAAGGCCGCCCCCAAACCCAAGGCCAAGGAGGUCGAAGAUGAGGAAGAGGAAGAGGUUCAAGAAGCACCGAAGCCAAAGCACCCUCUUGAGGCCCUGCCAAAGGCAACUUUGCCUCUCGAUGAGUGGAAGCGUCAAUACUCUAAUAACGAUACCCCGGAUGCUCUCAAGUGGUUCUGGGAAAACUUCAAGGCUGACGAAUACUCUCUCUGGAAGGUUGAUUACAAGUACAACGAUGAGUUGACUCAAAUCUUCAUGACAUCCAACCUAAUUGGUGGCUUCUUCGCUCGUCUUGAAGGAUCUCGCAAGUACAUCUUCGGCUGUGCCUCAGUCUAUGGUGUCAAGGACGACUCUGUCAUCCAGGGUGCUUUCGUCAUCCGUGGCCAAGAGGCUCUUCCAGCUUUCGACGUCGCUCCUGAUUAUGAGAGCUACGAGUUCACCAAGCUCGAUGCAUCCAAGCCCGAGGAUCGUGAGUUCGUCAAUGAGCAAUGGACAUGGGAGAAGCCAAUUACUGUCGGUGGCAAGGAGUAUCCAUGGGCUGAUGGCAAGGUCUUCAAGUAG